GGCAUACGUACGUAGACAACAGCGAAUAAGAGUAACACAGUGGGAGAAUAUUUUUAUCAGUAUCAAUUUAGCGACACACUUAUCAGCUGCUUAAUUUGCCACUAUGUCAGUGGAUCGUGAAAUAGUCACGGGCGAAGUAAAAGUCGACGGAUGGCGGAACUUAAACUUUUUCAAAGACGUAGUGUCGCAAGACUUAGCCCUUCCGGAAAAGGAAUUCCAAUUAAGACAUUUGAGUGUGGCCGAUGGUACCGAUAAACAAUCGGGAUUUAUGUCUUUAUUGCACCGUGUUGUGGUGGAUGUUGAGUUGAAGGAUGGAAUAUCUAUGAGAAGAUCUUACAUCGUAAAAGAAAAGUCGAAUCAAGUUUUUGGUGGAGACCUGGUGGAUAAAUACAAUGUGUUUGAAAAGGAGAUUGAGGCAUAUCAAAAGCUCAUUCCUGAGCUCGAGAAACUUUUCCAAUACAAAGUUAAAUUUGGACCAAAGUUCUACAAAGCAGUAACAGAACCUUUCACGGUGAUGGUUAUGGAAGAUUUGGUUGCAUCCGGUUAUUCGAUGAAGGAUUGUGGCAACAGAUUGGAUUUGUUGGAUAGUAAGUUAGUGUUGUCGAAAUUAGCAAAAUUCCAUGCUGCAUCUGCUGUAUAUUUCAAACAAAAUGGAGCAUUCCCUAAGUUGUUUAAAACUGGUAUGUAUAGCGAGGAAGCGGCUGAUGACUAUGCGGCAUAUAUAGGAAACUUGUAUAAUUCGUUUAAAAAAUGUUUGACGGAACGCAACUUCUCUAGUCACUAUCUAGAUAUAAUAAACCAAUGGGGUCCAAACCCGUACGUUGCCGGUGCUAAAUUAUUUCGGCUGAAAUGUGACGAUUUUAACGUUUUGAAUCAUGGAGAUUUAUGGAUGAAUAAUGUUAUGUUUGGAGAUAACGAUUUAUUGAUGAUCGAUUUCCAGAUUGCUUUCCACGGAAGUUUUACAUUCGAUCUCAUAGAGUUCAUAAUAUGUACUGUAAGCGUCGAUCAUGUUAUCGAUAAAUUCGAUGAACUGAUCGAGUAUUACCACCAAGAACUUCAAGAUGCAUUCCAAACAUUAGAUUACCCUGAAUUAUCGCCAACUUUGGAGAAUGUGCAAGUUGAUGUAGAAAAUCAUGGAUUCUUGGCCGGGAUUCUAACGAUCGAAGCUAUUGCAAUGAUUUCCUACAUCAAAGUAGGGGAUUUAAGUAUGGAUCUAAUGUCCUCACCAGAUGCGGAAGGUGAAGAAUUUAGAAGGAAGUUGUAUCGUAACGAGAAAUAUGUCGACGUUGUGGACCGACUACUACCUUUUUUGUACGAUCGGGGAUAUCUCAAAUGUUCGUUGGAUUUUCCAAACCAAGCUAAAUAAAGCAAAGCACUUGAGUAUAAACUAAUAAACAUGUGAAUCUAGAGUGUUAUUACAGUUGUAUUUAUUUGAUC